AUGAGGGCGAAAGUAGAAGAGGAGAUAGAUAGGCUCCUGAAAGAGGGCAUCAUAACACCGGUCAAGUACACUGAGUGGGCGGCGCCAAUUGUUCCUGUGUUGAAGCCGGAGGGCUCCAUUAGAAUAUGUGGCGAUUACAAACUAACAGUAAACAGCGCCUCCUCACUCGAGCAAUACCCUAUUCCUCGUGUAGAAGAUCUGUUCAAUACACUGGGAGGGACACGGUUCUACACCUACGCAAGAGGGACACGGUUCUCCAAACUUGAUUUAAGCCACGCCUAUCAGCAGAUCGUGAUGGAUGAUGACUCCAAGAAAUACCUUACGAUAAACACACACAGAGGCCUUUUCACCUACAAUAGGCUCCAACGACUGGAAGAGGCAGGACUGCGACUGCGCAGAAGCAAGUGUGCAUUCUUGCAAGACCAGGUUGAGUACUUGGGUCACAACAUUGAUGCUGAAGGCCUGCAUCCAGUGCUGAGCAAGGUAACAGCCAUCGAGGAAGCUCCGCCUCCAACCACAGUGACUGAGCUGAAAGCAUAUCUUGGCCUUUUAAAUUACUAUAAUAAGUUUCUUCCUAAUCUCGCCACACGUCUAGCACCAUUACACAGAUUGUUAAGAAAAGACAUUCAGUGGACUUGGAAGAAAGAACAAGAUGAUGCGUUUUGUUUGUCUAAACAGCUGCUGAAAUCAGCAAAAGUCCUGGCUCACUUCAGCAAAGAACUUGUGCUGGCAUGCGACGCCUCACCGUACGGAGUCGGCGCCGUGCUGUCACACAUCAUGGAAGACGGAAGUGAAAAGCCCAUAGGCUUCAUGUCACGCACACUGACACCAGCUGAACAGUGUUACUCACAGCUCGACAAGGAGGGGUUAGCCAUCAUAUUCGGAAUCAAGCGAUUUCACAAGUAUAUCUAUGGACAACGAUUCACGAUCAGCACUGAUCACAAGGCAUUGAUCUCGCUUUUCCAUGAAAAGAAGCCGGUGCCACAGAUGGAAUCACCAAGAGUGCAACGGUGGGCAAUACUUCUGAGAGCGUACGAGUACAAUAUGGUGUACAAGCCAGGCAAAGACCACGCAGACGCAUUGAGCAGGCUACAACUGCCACACAUUGAAGAGGAGGAUGACACAGGACAGGUCCUCAUGCUGGAUGUGGUGGAAGACCCACCAAUCACAACAGCCCAAGUGAAGCAGUGGACUGCGAAAGAUGAAAUAUUAUCACAAGUGCUGUUGUGGUGUUUGAAUGGCUGGCCAAAGGAGGUGGCUUCAAUGUUCAAGGCCUACAGCCAGAGAAGGCUUGAACUCAGUGUCAGAGAUGGAUGUGUGCUCUGGGGAGUGAGAGUGGUUGUUCCAAAGAAGGGAAGGGCCACCCUUUUAAAACAUCUACACUACACACACCCAGGCAUCUCCAGGAUGAAGGGCUUGGAACGUUCAUACGUGUGGUGGCCAGGUAUGGAUGCUGACAUAGAAAGAGAAGUACAGUCCUGCCACACGUGCCAGGAAAACAGAAAGGCUCCAGCUCCUCUCCAUCCCUGGGAGUGGCCAGAGACACCCUGGAGUAGAUUGCAUGUUGAUUAUGCCGGCCCUCACUUAGGCAGGAUGUUUCUUAUCGUGAUCGAUGCGCAUUCAAAAUGGCUUGAUGUGUAUCCAACAACUGAAAUAAUGAUGUCUAAGAGACUGCGGUCCACACUGGAUCUUCUGCUGCCUGAUGUGAAGUCAAAGAUUCAAAAGAAACAACUCAAACAGAAAGCACAACAUGACUUACACAGCAAAUGGAGAAGCUUCUCUCCUGGUGACGACGUGUACAUCCGAAACUAUGGUCACGGACCAAGGUGUGUCCCAGCCGUCAUUGAGAUGAACACAGGACCUGUCUCCUACACAGUGCAGACAGGAGAUGGACGCGUCAUGAGACGUCACGUGGACCAGAUCCGUAAACGUCACGCUUCGAUGACAGAGACAUCCAUGCCGGACAUGACACUGGAGCCCAUGAGUCUUCAUGUUCCAGAGAACGCAGCGGAGGCUUUGACAGGAGACUCGGCUGUUCCAGCGUCAGUGGGAGGAGAAGGGAGUGAGCCCACUGAAGGGAGUGAGCCCACUGAAACAGCCCAGGUUCACCCUCCAGCUGAUCCGCCAGAGACGAGUACAGACUCACCACCGGUGCUGCGACGCUCUGAGCGCACUAAAAAGACUCCAACUCAUCUGAGAGACUUUGUGAACUAG